UUUUACAUUUGCGAACGUAUAACCUAGCUGUAAAGUUUAAAAUACGAUCUGAAACAGUCGUAUUUUCCCUGUUUAAUUAACAGCUGAGUCAAUAAAUGUACCUGCUGUGACGGCUGAUAAUCGUCAAUAAUCUAUCAAGUGAUUCGAUCAGUUUAAAGGUCAAUCAUGUCAGUUUUAUUGAAGGAAAUAAAACGCAUCAGGCCAGAAGCAGCCCCAGUAUUGGAGAGGGCAGGUUAUCACACUGACUCAGAGAUCCAGUCACUGACCAGAGAAGACCUGCAUGAGCUGUUUCCUGGAUGUCAGAAACUCAAACUGAGAAAGACCGUCUUUGAAAUAAUACACAAACAGAAGCGAACUGAUGUCCUCCUAAAAGAACUGAAAGAUUUCAUCCCUCAUGACUCUUUGAGAGCUGCUCUAAAUAGUAAUGGGGUCCUGGUUGAUUACCUCCCUAUCCUGAAGGAGAUGAAGACCCAACUGGAAAAUGUCCAGAACUUCCUAGAAGCUCAUAUUGGUCUACUGGAGGAAUUCACCAAAAAUCAAAACCAGAAACCAGACAAUGGCUCUUUGAGAGAUAUAAGUACCUCAGGUAGCAGUGGUCCUAUGGUGCUCUAUGGUUGCCAAACUACGGGCCCUCCACCAGGAGCCCAAGGCACAGAUACUUCACAAGGAGCACAAGGAGAGUGCUUUACCUCGAUUUCUCCACAGGACUAUCAGGAAGAUUUUCCUUCUGUAGCCAAAGUGAUGUACCAGAAGAUCGUCAGUGGGAAAAACUUUGAUGCUGACGCACAGUUGCUGGCCAAAGUGAAGGCUCAAGUUCCAUAUGGGGUUCAGCUUAUUGAGAGCGAUCAGGACAGCGAGAUCAUAAUUGUCUUCUGUACAAUCAGUUCACGAGUUGGAACAGAUGUGGAGGCAGCCAUGUCUAAGGUUAAAGAUAAUAAACCUGUCAUCCUGGUGUUGAUGCACCACUCACAUGAGGCCAAGAACACAUCUCCUAGAAUAUUGACUGAAUAUCCUCAACUUGUGUUGAAGGUCAGCGUUUUCUUCCAUGAUACUGUGCAUGGAUUACUGAAGUGUCAUCAGAACGAUAACGCUGCCUCUAUGAUACAAAACAAAUUACUUGAGUACAGCAUUCAGGGAAGGAAGGACACCCGUGGAAAUGCUCUGGGUGGUGGUGGUCGUGACAGUGGUGCGACUGCUCCAGCAACUGAUGGUGGUGGCAGUUCUAUAUUCAGUUUUUUAACUGGCAGAAAGUAGAAUUGGCAGUGUUGGUGGUUAUGGUGUUAUCAUUACAGUUAUCACAAGUAAAAUAAUAUGUAAUGGGUUGUAUAAACAGCAAGAAUUUAAAUAUAUAUAUAUAUGUACAGCAACAAAAUUGAUUGAUUUAUAGGUACGGCAAGUGAACUUCAUGUACAGCACAUUUCACAUUUGCUUAACAGAUAGUUCUCUGCAUGUUUACUGAUGUUGAAUUUGUAAUGUUAACUUCAUGUAUUUUAUGUGUGGCUUUUUACAUGUAACCAGUCAGCACUUUGUAUAAAACUGUGUAAGAAUAUCAGUCAGCUUUUAUUCUUUUUAGUUUAAAUUUCUAUAUAAUAAGAUUUGAAUAUACCGUAAGUGAUUGAAGAGUUCAAAGGCUACAAAGCUUUGUGUAUUGAUCAGUAAAUAAAUAUGGAUGACUAAUACAUGACUUUCAGGUUGGCGAAUAGCAUAUAUAUAUUUUUUGUUGCUCUGAAGCAUUUAUGAGCAUUUUUGCUUUAGCCACUUAGAUUUUAAGUUAUUGUCUCGGAAUGUGUAUAAGAUUUGAUGACUAAUAAAAGGGAUACUUUCAAUAAACUUAAUGUGUGAGUGUAA